AAAAUUAGCACAACAAAUACCUUAAUAGAUUACGGAUCUGUCGAUGUGUGUUCUCGCAUCUUUAUAGACGAUCUCGCUCGCUAGACCAUGCAAAAGCAACUUGUCAGCAAGGUUGUGGAAAGUGAACGAAUUGAAGUUCCUUUGGCUAUACAGACGUAUCUUUGGGGACAAACGAGUUUCUUUCUGAAGCCGAAUUUACACGAAAAAAGGGCAUACGAGCAUGUGUGUGUGGCAUUCGAGAAAAUCAUUUGCGAGAACCGAGUUGGCGAUCUACCACCGAAUCUGUCGCGUUCAAUGAACACAAUUCCAAGAUGGCAUUUCGUUCAAGGCGCUCUACCCUUUGUUCUUCACUGUUGUGCCGCCUUGCUCUCUAAUCGGGCAGUGCAUGGCAACACGGAAGAAAGAUUAUCCGUCGCUGAAACAAAGCUUCUGUACACUUUGCAUUGGAUAUUGAUAAAAGCUCCCGAUGAAGUUGAAGGCUACUCAGGGAAGCUAUAUCCCUUAAAUGUUGCGGAGCUUUUUGUUCAAUCUGUGGUGCCUUACGUGAACUUUAUUCAGCCGCAAGACCUCACAUUCAGACUUCAAGAAGGGUUGGAACUUUGGGAAGCUCUUUGGAGUUUCCGCGCACCUCCUUUGAAAUGCUUUGUCGCACCAGUUGUUUUUGAAAAGCCAGACGGAGAUAAAGCGAGUAAUUCUACGAGAAAUGGCUUUCCUGUCGAGCUUCAAGCGACCUUUUUUGACCUUGCUGUAUUAAAGUGUCUUAUGUUGCCUGAUUGGCACGAAGAGGGACGUAUAUGGGGGCUGAAGUAUGUUUUAAAAUAUCUAGAAACUGAGGAAAAUUACUUACAGGAACAAUCCAAAAGAACUAGCUCAAGUUCAACAGCUGACCCGGAAACAGAGGCCAGUGCGAGCAAGAAAGUCACCAAGCCUGUGCAAGCUCAGGCAACAGCGGCUAACGUUGAAAAACUGAAGCGAUUCUAUGGUUUGAAUACUUCGCCGGAUGCAGAAAGCUUGAGACACAGCGUUAAAGAUGGUAAUCGUCUUCGUCAAAUUAGUAAUUCGUCUUCGUCUUCUUUGCUUGACGCUCUCACGAGCCUUUCCAACCUCAAGUUACCUCCUGAACUGGAGGAAAACAAGACAGAGGUGGCGAACGGAGCGAAAGAUUUGUUGGAUGACAAUGGGUCGCUGAAGAAGGCGGUGUUUCUAGAUGUCGUGUGUCAGAUUGCAAGUCAAAGUUCGAACGCGCGCGUUUGUGACUUGGUCCUGUCGGUACUGGAAUAUAUUCUGGAUAAGCAUGUUUUGAAAAAAAAGGCGCCGAAGAAAGACUUGUCCGACAAUGGUGCAUCCGACAAGGAGCACCCAGAGACCAGCACCCCGAUCUCCAAGAAUAAUAACGAGAGCGUUGUGGGAAAGUUUUCGUUCCUUCUGUCCUUUAAGAAAGCUGUCGUGUGUGUUAUCAAUGUAGUAUGUGCUCUUGGUUGUUCCUAUGGCUGUGGUAAGGGGAUCAGGGGAGUAAUUGGCAAGAAUCUUAGAGCUAAAACAAUGGCGAUGUUAUCGAAGCUGCAUGAUAUGGAUAAAGACAACUUCAAGACGUUGCUGUGUAGCUAUAUUGAGGAUGAAGAUGUGGAAGUCGUGACCAAUUUUCUGCACGCGUUGCUUGGCUUCUGUACCAUGACUCUGGAAUCUAAGUCAACCCAAAAGAACAUGUCCGACCAUUUCAAAGAGAAGUCUGGCAUACUUGGUGUUAUAAUAGACAGUGUAUUUGCCCCUUACAUAGCACGAUUACUGGAAUUCAACUUGGAGGAGAUAUCUAAUGUGACCCUCUACGGGCAAGUACGACAGUUGACAAAGUACGUAAAAGAAUACGCUGGUGGAACGUUCUUCCGUGUUGUGUUCAGAGGUUUACUGAAAGCUCCUGGAAAACAGCAAAAACGGCUGCUAGACCCGUAUCCCGAAGUUAAACCACGAGCUUCAGUGUCUGCAACUGACGGCGAUGCAGGAACUUUGCCAAGAACUUUGCCAAGGACACCCGGUUCCGCCGAGAAAGUAGUCACGCCUAAAAAUCAAAGAAAACAUUUCUUUUCGAAGUUCUCAAAGAGUGUAAGCUCAGCAGAUGGUAGUCCCGUUGGAAAUCAAGAAGUCGGCUUUGACGGAUCCACAACUCCAGUGUCAAAAAGAAAGGCUAUGAAGCGUAUGAAAAAGGGGAGUUCUGGUGAAGAAUCAUUUUCUGUUGAUGACGACAUCCCCCCCGUCGGUUCUUUGGACAGAAAGAGAAGUCUGAUGAAGAAAUUCUUCAAAAACCGUAAAAAGGCAGACGAAAUUUUUAGCAUUGAUCUGCGGAAAACUGGAGUAGCUUCUUUGACAUCGUUUCGCGAAAAACGUGGCCGUAUUGAGUACACGUCAAUCCCGGUGAACGUUCAGGAGACACGUGAUGGUAUGAUGAUGUUUUCUAUGCUGUUGGAGUCUUGUUUGCCGGGCAGUGUUCCUGAUUCAAAUAUUGUGGCUGGAAUCUUGGAAUUGAAAGCACCAGCUAUAGCCAGAGGUGCUUUAUUGAUAGAAUGCGCCCAUUUCGUCCAUCGCUGCAACAAAGGUGAGUGGCCGUCAUGGUUGUUGAGCAGCCACCCGACCACUCGUCGUGGCAAAGGAGGAUUUGGAGCUCUCGUAAGGAACGCGAUUGCGGUCAGUCGACGAAAUGUCCGCAUUAAACACGAAGCGGGUCUGUUGUUCUAUAAAUGGGCUGUCGCUAUUGGCAAAAGGCUGGAGCAAAUCGAAUCGAGGCCUGUAACUGAACCAGAUUCAAACAAAGAGACUAAAGAUGUAACGGAUAAUACUAGACAGCUUGAAGAAGAUUUUCUCGACGAAGGUACCCUGGACGAGGAGACGAGAAAAUGUCCGCACGCUUUAAAAAUGGUGGCGUGCCAACUACUUCUGGAGAUAACGGCGUUUCUGCGAGAAAGCCACAGCUCUUUGGCGAAGAAGGCCGAAAACCAGAGGAUGAGAAACAAAAGUAUCGCUUUCUCGAGACAGAAUAGACGAAUGACCCAGAAGAUAUCGGUAUUUGGUAAUGAGCAUCGAGAUGCGGUGACAAGUGGUCCAGCUGAAAGACUUCGCCAGGGCAACCCCUCUAUGCUAUCCCCUGUUAUGAGUUUACUGGUACCGACUGUCCAGAUCCAGGAGGGGGAGUCUGAGAAAAAAAUGUCGGCACCUGUUAUCAAAGUUGACGGCGAACCAUCAGGGACGGAAAACGAAGAAGCUUUGAAGAUUCCUAGGAAACGGUUCAGUGCGUUGUUCUCAAAUUCCGAGAAAAGGAGAAAGCUUUUAAAACCAGAAACGACUGAGCGAAAGAGCGCUACAUCCGCUUCAAGAAUAUAUAAAAAGUCCCCGAAAAUACAUAAAACUUCUGGUCACGUGACGAGUGAUGCGUCAGAUAACAGCGAUAAUGAAGAAGAGGAGGUCACCAAAUUUCCUUGGCUCAAAGCGGUCGCAUUGGUCAGUGGGUCGACGAAUUUUCUUUGCGACCACCGCGACGUGUGCGCGCCUGGCUGCAUUAGACGACAGACGCAGAGCUGCACUAAGUUUAUGUCGGCUUUAAAGACUAUUUACUCCAAACCUGUUAGCCAGUUGACAAGCAAUACCAGCAAGAAACUGGAAGGGGAUAAAGGCAGGCAGUGCAAGUUAAGCACUAAAGAAUUAACAAUCAAACAGAAAGAGGAACGAGAUAAGAUAAUGAUAACAUAUGUGAGCGAAAAGGUCCGAAAUUUGUUCAACUGCCCGAUGUCUGUAAUUAUCAAAGGUGCUGUGGUGAUGGAGCCAUCUUUGAUGUUGGAUAUCAUUCCCUUAGCUUGGGAACUCCUGUUAAAUCCGCUCGAGGAACUGGUAUCGACUGCAGCGGCAAUUUUCCUGAUCGCGAGUUUGCAUCUGAGAGAUGUUGUCGAGAAGAUGCUUCAAACUGAACUGACAUGCAACAGCUGUGAGCACAAAGUGAUGUCUUUGAUGAGAUAUGGUGUUUUAUGGCGCAGCAGAUAUCACGUCUGGCCUCGUAUGGAAGCUGGUGCGAAAUACGUGUUAAGGAUCCCUCUCCCAAAGCUUGAUUUCACAUUACCGUCGCCUCCUGUUGGCUCGUGUGCACCCUCUGUACCCGAUUGUCCUUGGGAUCCUACGGCAUCCAUUCAUAUCACGAAAAACGAACCUGAGUUAACAGAAGAAGACAAACAAAAGGACGAGGAAGAAGCGUCGAAAUUGAACGAAGAAAAGAAAAAGCAGAGAACGUAUUAUAGCUUUACAAAUACCUCUGUCUCCCUCGAAGCUUCAACUCCGGCUGAGCCCGAAGAGGGUAGUGAUGUCGUAGCUCAACCUGUCACAACGGAUUUCUGGCCACCGGCCAUGUCGACUGCCAUCCCUCGUAUCAUCGGACUUCUUGACGAUUCAUCCGUGACAUCAACUCAAACAGCAGUGUCCGAGGUCGCAAAGAAUACGGUAUGGGGAUGUUUAGUUGAUGAUCCAACCUUGUUCUUCAGAACUUUUUUUGAAGAAAUAACAAAGCCAAGCAAACAGAAAGAGCUGGUGUUUCUUUUGAACAAGUUGUUAGUGCACAUUCCAACGCUUCCUCCAAAUGCUGGUGUUAUAUUAUUCAACCACCUGGUGGGCGUGGUUCUGUUCUAUUCACGUCGAUGUCAGCCAUGCUCUGAGGACGCUAUUGCUCUCAUUCUUUCCUCAUUGCUCUGGAAGAUUGUACCGAGCGUUCCAAAGCUUUAUCUAAAGGAUCUCAAGUAUUCAGCCAAGAAAGAACAUUGCGAGAGAACACUAAUGGUCACUGCCAAUACACCAGGAACGAAGAAAAUUGUUGUGACUUGUCCGAAGCCGGAUACAAGAACAGAAAAUGAAAAACUGACAGUGCGAGAGGAUAUGACCUUUGACCACAUACUACAAUAUUGUACGGCAAAAUGGUCUUUGGACAACCCACAUUACCGUCUCGUGGAUGCAAAAUCAGGUCAAAUAUUGGAAGGAAAAUAUCUCGUGCGAGAUGUAUAUGCAUUUAAAAAAGGUUUUCCUUAUCCACAACUAAAGCUUCAGGUCUUCAAGGAGAUGGAUGCUUAUGUUAAGCGCCAGGAGCAGGCAUUUAUUUUUAAAUUGGCGGAAGUCGGUCGGCUGUAUCUCACUUUGGGCAUUUUGGAAACGGUUCAAAACUGGCAUCAUGUGAGUUUCCUGCAUUCGGAGCUGAGUAAACAAAUUGCGUUUCCGCGAAAAGCUCUAGACGUUGAUUUUGGUUUGUAUGAAGGAGGUUUAAAAGGGAGGCAACUUUGUUCAAUAGAUGGCAUUCACAAGAGAACAUGGAUUAAGCUUUUGUCCAAGUUAUUUGAAUCGAUGACCAGUUCGUUUCCAUGGGGAGACAAUGAUCUUCAUCUGUUUCUGAAUGUCGUCAACGGUGCCCUGUUGCUUCAAUGUGAAGAUUCGUCAAUGUUGAGAUUCUGUCUUGCUACAUUGAUCAACGCCGCCAUUAAAUUCACCGAUAUUUUCGCUAUUGACGGCUACCACCACAUUUUACCAACACUGGCGCUACUUUAUUCCCAUCACGAAAAUAACGAAAUAGUGUGCAAUGCUGUUGAGUUUGUCAUCAGUCAAUUUUACGUUCUUCAUCAGAAACCAUUUCUUCUUCAAUUAUUUGCCAGCGUUGAGCCGAUCCUACUCACGGAGAACGUCAACAAAAUGCCCGAACACUCCGAUGAAAUGGACGAGAGUAACAUGAUCCUUCCAAAAUGUUUGUUUGCAAUUCUAUCAUCGUUGGAAAAGGAUGUUCCUGAUUCACUGGAUCUUUUAGCGUUGGUGGACGCCAAAAAACCAUUAAAACCGUUGGAUUCCUGCUAUGAAGGAAAACUUGACGAAAAUGAAUGCAAAAUUGAUAUCGCUAUUCGCCUUUGUGUAACCGUUGUUGCUUUUUCACCUGAAUCCAUUCGAGCUACACAAAUGUUGGUGGUUCUUUCUACCAUAUUGCCUUUUUAUUUGGAAUAUGUAAAGAAUAAUGAUGCCCAAGGCGAAAGGAAAAAGGAGUCAAAAGACGAACUAACAACACUACAAUCUUUGCAUUGUUCUGUCCAAGUUUUGCUAAAAAGUUGCAACUCUUUGCGAAGACCGUUCCUGAAGAUGAAAGGGAUAAGUUCGCCGACUAAACCAAGUAAAGUAAGGGAAGGUUCUACAGGGUCUGUAACAUCGCUUAACACAAGCCAUGAAAAUGUGCGGCAGUCGAGAGCAUAUACUGAUGACGAUGACAGGGAUGUCGAUUCUUUAGACCAGCAGUUUAAACCAUUCUUGACCAAGUUCAGCACGCAAGAUGAGGGAGAGCAGGUCCUGGACUCGCUUUACGAAUUCCGUACUCCUCGCAAUGCAAUUCUAAUCAUUGCGUCUGAAUUCAUCAGCACGAGCAAGAAGCGUCUUCGUGAGAUGAACGGAAAGAAUAAUGCGCAAAUUCCGAACCUAACACUCGAUAACGAAAGUAUCCAGGCACUGUGUAACAUUGCGCAUACGUUGCUGAAACUUUCAUUGACAGAUACUGUGUCUUUGGAAUUAACAGGAGUACAAAAAUUCAUGUUGGAAGCCUUGCCAAACAUAGACUGGUCUGCAGAGGAAAUUCUUCCCGCGUUAAACCUGGUCCUUAAGAGAAUCAACACAACUUUCACGAAAAUCACUGACAAACCAGAUCUUAUGAAUUUCUUUUGGCCAUAUCCUUUAUUGUUGCACCGAAGUGAAAACUGGAAUGUUACAGAGGUCUUACUCAAAGGUCUUUACCUAACCAUCUCGAGACAGUUGUCGGUAACAACACUUCCUUUAACCAAAGCCGUAGUCGCGACGUGUAUGCGUUUAGUCCUCCGUGAACAAGUCAGCGAAAGUGAGAGCGACACUGGCUUUAGUCACUACCCCCCGCCUUCUAUCACCUUCUGUCAACUCGUGGUGAAGCUGGCUGCAAGGUUGAUGUUUUCAUUGAAAGACAAAUAUUCGUUGAAAGACCUUUGUGGUGGAACAAUGGAGUUUGGCAAUUCCGAUAGAACACUGCGCGUUCUCGUUCACAUUUUGCUUCCAUUAUGUAUAAGACUAGGUACUGGGAGUAAAGAUCAACCAAGAGCAUCCAAGGAAGACGUAUCAUACGCUGUGUCUUGUUUUCUCAACAUUAUUGUCACACCAUUCGUUGAUAUGAGUCUGUCCGCUCAUCGUCUCUCCUGUUCCAUUGUGGUCAGCGGAGCAAUCGGUCCUUCCUCGCCUUUCGUGCAGCGUGUUUUGCCAAGAAAAAGUGACGCUGCUGGUUUCUCACAGUCCAUUUAUAGUGCUGCGUAUUUAGGCUUAAAAGUUAUGAUCAUUUGUUUUCCUUACUUUCUCGCAAGUGAGUGGCGAACUAUCGCAUCUGUGCUAAAGGAAGCUGUCCUGCAUGAUGCAGGAAACGAACCGUUGUUUGAGUUUCUGGAGUUCAUUAUUUUACAUCGUUCGCCCUUGUUUCUGUUGUUGUUACCGAUCCUACGUAGCAAGAUUCCUCUCUUAAAGCCUGCAAACCCUCGCGCAGGUGCCCUCAAAGAAGACCUGGUUAAACGGUUGGAGAGUCCAACCCAUCCAACGCCAUCGAAAGAAGAGUGGAUGCAACGCUUCAUCCAGGACCUUGGCGUCCUCACCGGCAGUGAACAAAAUGACAUGUUUUUCUGCCGUAAUCCAAGCGUUUCUGCAACCCGCACCAAUUGCAAUACCGUUAUUGAUGCAGAAUCGUUGUCCGACGCCGAGUCGGCGCAUGUAACUCAAUCAAAAACCGGCGAGGUAUCUGGUUCCCCUACUAGAAACGUUCCAUUAGAAACCGGUGCAAGGGAGUCGUUGGAGGUUCCUGAACGUAGUCGCAAGCUAUCCAGCAGCAGCAGAAAAGGAAGCAUUGACAAAUCGAUACGCAAAACAAUGAAAAAGAAGGUUAGUUUUGAUAAAGGUCAGUCCUAUAACCUUCUCGAGGCAUCGAAAGAAGAGGCCGAGGCUGAGAAGCUAGCGGUACCAAGACAUAAACGAUCUCUUCCGCGACAAGAAGUUGCCGUGGAUCUUGAAUCACCGAUUAGCACCAAGAAACUAUCUGACGACUACCCAAUUCUUGCUUCCAAGGAAAGGUCGGUCGCGAACGGACAAACCUUGGUUUCUGCGCCUAAUGACGCCAAAGGUGAAAGUCGUCAGAAAAAGAGAAAACUGGGAAAGAAUAGAAAAUUUGCAAACGAAAACGCCACUCUGGAUAGCUCACAAUCCAGCGAGAUGUCUAGUUUCGGUGGAAUUUCUCAGGGGGGUGCAGAUAAUGAUGUCAGUUGCGAAACGAAUUCGAAAGAUGGAUUCGGGAUGACGAUGGCCGUUCCAAAUUUGGUUGUUAAGGCUACAAUAACAGAAAAAUCCGAUUCUUUUGUGUCAAGCACCGAUAACAAAGUCGAGCAAGCACAGACCAGUUCUAAUGUGCCUGGCACUGCUGGCUCGAAAAUAUUAGAGGAACCUGAGAAAAACACGUCGAAUAAACCAGAGUGCGAUAGUAUCGGUAGCAGUAGUGAAACGUCCAGCCCAAUGGUCGAGAAAAAGCUUCUUCAGGAAUCCCUGGAUCCUGACGAGACAAUGUUCUAUGGGAAAUCCUCCAACUUAUUGUUACCUCCUUCCGACGAUGGCAAAAAUAAAAAAGGUGUUCUUCGUAAACUACAGGGAAAGAAGAAAGAUCGCACUCGUUGGUCGUGCACUGAGCUUGAUAGCUCAAAAGAAACCAGCUUGUAAAAAGGAUGUCCCACGUGCAGCGUGUACUUGUCAUAUUUGGGAAGUUGUCACAUAGUUAAAAAGCUAUUACCAGCAGACAAUUUAAUAAAAUACAAGAAAAAACACACUCCGAAGAAUAACAUCUUGUAAACUCAAAAGAUGAGCUAUUGACAACAAGUCAAACGUUUUACGGUGAUAUUUUGACUUUAUUUCAAAGUAUUUCAAAGUCAUUAUCAAUUUAGAAUAAACUAUUUACAAAAUACAAAGAGACAGGAAGAGAUGACGUGAUAGCGUAGCACUCGUUAAUCUAACAUCAUUGUUUGUUAAUAGUGUAGAGUUAUAUACAUGCACCAUCACAUCAUCUAGCUCUUCCGGGCCGUCUCUUUGAGUAUAGUAUAAUGAUCGCAAGGCUUGUAUAAAUGAUAUAUUGAGUGACUUUGAAACUGCAAAAGUUGUAUAUUUAUAUAAAAAAUACUGGUGGUGCAUCUAUAUAGAUAUAUAU